AUGAGUAAGAUACCUUAUGCGUCAGCUAUAGGGUCUAUCAUGUAUGCCAUGGUAUGUACACGUCCUGAUGUCUCGUAUGCACUUAGUGUAACGAGUAGGUACCAAGGAAAUCCUAGUGAAUGUCACUGGAUGGCCGUUAAGACAAUUCUUAAGUACUUGAGAAGGACUAAGGAUAUGUUUUUGGUUUAUGGAGGUGAAGAAGAGCUCAGGGUAAAGGGUUACACUGAUGCCAGCUUCCAGUCCGACAAGGACAACUUCCGAUCACAGUCAAGAUAUGUGUUUUGCCUAAAUGGUGGUGCUGUGAGCUGGAAGAGUUCAAAACAAGAGACAGUAGCUGACUCUACAACAGAGUCUGAGUAUAUAGCAGCUUCCGAUGCAGCAAAGGAGGCUGUUUGGAUCAAAAAGUUCAUAGCUGAACUAGAGGUUGUUCCUAGCAUUGCUGAUCCGAUUGAGCUAUAUUGUGACAAUAAUGGAGCAAUAGCACAGGCUAAGGAACCCCGAUCUCACCAACGAUCCAAACAUAUACUUCGGCGCUUCCAUCUUAUUCGAGAGAUCAUUAAUCGAGGAGAUGUGAAGAUAUGCAGAGUUUCCACAAACGAAAAUAUUGCCGACCCACUGACCAAGCCUCUGACACAGCAGAAGCAUGAUCAACACAACAAUUCACUAGGUAUUAGAUACAUGAGUGAUUGGCUUUAGUGCAAGUGGGAGUUUGUUGGAGAGUGUGCACUAAAGUCAAUCAUAUGAUGAUUCUUUAGC